AUGUUCUAUUCAUCAACCUCUUCGUCUUCUUCUUCACCAAGAGCCAUGACCGUGGCCAGUGCAUUGACUGAGGCCCUGGGAGUUCAAAUUCGAGAUGCUCGAUGGAAUGCUGGACGGAAACUGUUCGAACUGGUGCAAGCUGAAAAUGUAGGGAACGAGCGCAUGUCCUCUUAGUUGUAUUGCUUUUAUGUCUAUGCGGUGUCAUCUUCGGUUUUGCUUAUAUUGUUUUAGGCAUCAGCCGUUCUUGUUUAAUUUUGUAGGAUCGCCCGUUUAUAACUCCAUGUCCGUUGCAACUGUUCAACGGGGCCUUAACAGCAUUUAUCUUGCAUUUCGAAGAGAUGUCCCGCAAGAAACGUCAAGAGUUCUCCAAUUCCUUCUUCAAAUCGAGAACCCUGAAUGAUCGUUAUCCUUUCCGUUUGGCUGUGAGUAUCAAGUUUUAGAAUACUGACAGAUUUUAGCUAGUUAAUGAGAAGUUCAAAAAAUGUGUGAAGUCUAAAGGACACAAGAUGACUAUUGUUACUCGGGGAUUUUGUUAUACUGCUUAUUUCGAAGAGGUGCCCAUGUGGAGUCUGAACUGCGGUGUAAUAUAUGAGAUUGGCUUUCUUCCUUCAAGGAUUGGCCGUUUGGUUGUUGAAGGAGUGGAAAAGGAGGACCUUAACAAUUUGGACGAAAUGUCAUACAUGUUUGAGGGUAAGUUUGCUUUUGAUGUCAUGUAAGUAUGUUUGUUCUUUAUUUCAUGAUUGCGUUUUUUUAGAUAUCGAGCAUUUAUCAAUCCCCCUUAUUCCAAUCAACAAUGUUUUGGGUAUCGAAUUGAUCCAGAGUUUUGACAAAUCUCUGAAAUCGCUUGAUUGUUCAGCUCUUCUUCUCAAGAAUUCUUCUGUUCGAACGUUGAAACUCUCCGAAUUAAGAGUUACAAACGUAUCUUGGGUUGAUGGUAGGUCUUUGCGGUUUUGAUGCAGUAUUUCUAGACUUGAAUGAGCUGUUCAGUUUUCGGACCAACUCCCUGAUUGUCAACGCGUCGCCAGUUUUAAAUGUGAGUUAAAAUUACGUAAUGUUAUUUUUGGUUUAGGUGCUAACGUUCUGCCGUCUUCAAACCUACAAUCCUCUUGUCCAGGAAUUAAAAUUUGUGAACACCUUUCCGAUCGAUGUUGCACAGCUUGAGUAUGUUCUUACUGCCAUUUUUGGAGUAUUUCCCAACCUCCAGAUGAUCGAAUUUGAGUGUGUCAAGGUUGUGCUUGGAGAUGUGGUAAGUGGUGAUCUCUCUCUUUGCAGCUGAAAGUUUUAGUCCGAAAGCGUCUUGAAAUUCCCUGAGGUUUGUUUUGUGGCCCUUUCCCAAGCGAGUCGAGCUGUUGCCAUCAGAGGUGGAUUCGAAUUUCGAGUUCGCCAAAUGUGUUAUGAUGUAAGUUUUGUUUUUGAGGUGGAUCUCCUCAUCUAUAAAGAUGUAAUAUUACAUAUUUUUAGCUUGAUGUCUUUGACGCCGUUUCGUCUGUUGCGUUAAAUCAUGAAGUCGAAGUGAACGAAGAAGACAAACCCUCGGAGAAUUUGAUAAAAAGAGUUAAUUUCAGCAGGGAAUUCAACUCUCUGAAGUUGACCCUCAUCAAUGAAUUGCUCCCCAGACCGGUCAGAGAGAUGAAGACAGCCACUCCCGCUAAGAUUAAACUUGUACAGAAGGCUCAUCGAACCGCCGUCUAA